AAAUUUCCAAUAAAAUAUUUUAGCCUUCACUAUCCCACCAGCCAGUCUUCUUCAUGGCCACAACUCUGCCAUUGCAGCAGCAGCCACCAUAUUUUUACGCGCUCCUAAAACCCCGCAGGCCUAUUGCCUUGCGCCACGUAGCUACUGUGCGCGCCUUCCAGCGCGGAGACUUCGACAGGUUCGCGAGAAACACGUGGCGGAGUGCAAAUGAUGGGUUUGAGCAGUUAUUAUAUGAGGCGAGAAAAGCGGCUGAGCGUAUAGAUAGGAGAUACUCUGUGACGAGGAGGGUUGGUGACGUGGCACAAUCUGCCGCUGAUCGUGCUCGUGAGAUUGAUAGAGAGCUGGAGAUUGGUGUCCGGUGGCGGAGUUUUACGGUUGAUUUUAGUCGGAAUUUGCCUAGGUACAGGAGGGAGCUCAGUGGUUUCCUUGAUACCCCAUUAGGGAGGGGUGUUGCUACUAUAUUCUUCCUUUGGUUUGCGUUUUCUGGAUGGCUGUUUCGAUUCUUGAUUUUUGCUACAUGGGUUCUACCAUUUGCUGCACCUCUUCUCAUUGGGACCGUGGCAAAUAAUCUCGUAAUUAAGGGGGCUUGUCCCGCUUGUAAGAGGCAGUUUGUGGGGUACAAGAACCAAGUUAUACGCUGUGCUGGUUGUGGUAAUAUUGUGUGGCAGCCGGAUUCAAGAGGUGGUAGAGGUAGUGGUAGAGGUGGGACCUCUUCAUCAAAAUCCGAUCCUAAUAUUAUCGACGUUGAAUUCGAGGAGAAAUGAUAAAUUCUGUUUGAUAUUGCCAAACCUUCGGGCUAAAUCGGGUGGACUCAUCGUGACAUGUAGAACACAAAGGAAUUUGGAGAAAACAGUGUCAUUUCUAUGCCUGCAAGAUGUUUUAAGCAUUUCAGGUUUCUUCUUGGUAGAUGGUAGUUAGUUCUAUUCGAUCUUCUGAAGGACUAGUUGAAUUUUCAAGCUUGUAUAAUGCCUCUUUUAUACGAAGUUGAAUUAAAUUAUGACAAACAAGGCAUAGAAUUGUAUAAUAUAUUCGAUUCAAUUACAAAUCAUAUUAACAUAA